AUGCGGGCGCGGGCCGUGCUGGGCGUGGUGCUGGCCAUCACCUGCACCGGAGCUGUCUUCUCGUUCCUCCUGAGACCUGGGGGCCUCCUUUGGGGAGAGACCGAGGAGUCUCGAGUCAGGGGCAUCGUGGAGGCAAGCAGGCUCCUGGUGGACAAGUCCAUCUACGCUGCGAUGAGAAGAAACCUCCACAAAAGGGAAGUUAUUUCCCCAUCGCAACUUCUGUCCUUUUCCAAACUCCCUGAGCCCACGAGCCGUGCUGCGUCCCGGGCGGCGGAGGUCAUGGAGGCCUCAGUGCAGGAGGUGGUGAGACGGGGUCACCUGAGGUCUGGACAGUCCCAGCUGCCCACAGAUGCUCUCUCGGAGGGGCUGCUGAGCGCGAUCGCGAACCUGUCCGGAUGCCUGCCUCACAUGCUGCCACCCAGAUGUCCGGACACCUGCCUGGCCAGCAAGUACAGGCUCAUCACGGGCGCCUGCAACAACAGAGACCACCCCCGCUGGGGAGCCGCCAACACGGCGCUGGCCAGAUGGCUGCCCCCCGCCUACGAGGACGGCAUCAGCGAGCCCCGAGGCUGGAGCCCCCACUACCUGUACAACGGCUUUCCCCUGCCCCCGGUCCGGGAGGUGACCCGACGCGUCCUACACGCCUCCAAUGAGGCUGUGACGGACGACGACCAGUACUCUGACCUCCUGACGGCGUGGGGCCAGUACAUCGACCACGACAUCGCCUUCACACCGCAGAGCACGGGCCCCUCUGCCCCCGGGGUGGGGGCUGACUGCCAGCUGACCUGCAAGCCCCAAAGCCCAUGCUUUCCCAUACAGCUCCCGGCGAACGCUGCGGGCCCCGUCUGUCUGCCCUUUUACCGCUCCACGGCCGCCUGCGGCACCGGGACCCAAGGCGCCUUGUUCGGCAACCUGUCUUCCGCCAACCCGCGCCAGCAGAUGAACGGGCUGACCUCGUUCCUGGACGCGUCCACCGUGUACGGCAGCUCCGCGGCCUCGGAGCUGCGGCUGCGGAACUGGACCAGCGCCGAGGGGCUGCUGCGCGUCAAUGCGCGCUACCGGGACGCGGGACGCGCCUUCCUGCCCUUUGCGCCACCGUCCGCGCCCCGCGCUUGCGCGCCCCAGCCCGGCGCCCCCAGAACCCGCGCACCUUGCUUCCUGGCCGGCGACAGCCGCGCCAGCGAGGUUCCCGCCCUGACAGCCCUGCACACGCUGUGGCUGCGGGAGCACAACCGCCUGGCCGCGGCGCUCAAGGCCCUCAACGCGCACUGGAGCGCGGACACCGCCUACCAGGAGGCGCGCAAGGUGGUGGGUGCGCUGCACCAGAUCAUCACACUGCGCGAUUACACCCCCAGAAUCCUGGGCCCCGAGGCCUUUGGGCGGCAUGUGGGCCCCUACAGGGGCUACGACCCCAGCGUGGACCCCACCGUCUCCAACGUGUUCUCCACGGCCGCCUUCCGCUUCGGCCACGCCACCAUCCACCCGCUGGUGCGGCGGCUGGACGCCGGCUUCCAGGAGAGCCCGGGGCCCCGCCUGCUGCUGAGGGACGCCUUCUUCCGGCCCUGGCGGCUCCUCGAGGAAGGUGGCGUGGACCCCAUCAUGCGGGGCCUGCUGGCAAGACCAGCCAAGCUGCAGGUGCAGGACCAGCUGCUGAAUGAGGAGCUGACAGAGAGGCUGUUCGUGCUCUCAGACGCAGGGACCCUGGACCUGGCGUCCAUCAACCUGCAGCGGGGCAGGGACCACGGGCUGCCAGGGUACAACGAGUGGCGGCAGUUCUGCGGCUUGUCCAGGCUGCAGACCCGGGCUGACCUGGGCGCGGCCACCGCCAACGGGAGCGUGGCAGACAGAAUCCUGGACCUGUACGGGCACCCCGACAACAUGGACGUGUGGCUGGGAGGCCUGGUGGAGAGCUUCCUUCCGGGGGCGCGGACCGGUCCGCUGUUUGCCUGCCUCGUGGGAAAGCAGAUGAAGGCCCUGAGGGAUGGUGACCGGUUCUGGUGGGAGCACCGCGCUGUGUUCACGGAGGCCCAGCGGCGUGAGCUGGGCCGGCACUCGCUGUCCCGCGUCAUCUGCGACAACACCGGCCUCACCCGCGUGCCCCGUGACGCCUUCCAGGUGGCGCAGUGGCCCCGGGACUUCGAGUCAUGUGACCGCAUCCCGGGCAUGGACCUGCGCGCCUGGCGGGAGGCCCCCCCUCCAGACGACGCCUGUGGCUUCCCGGACACAGUGGAGAACGGGGGCUUCCUGCUCUGCGCCGAGUCUGGGCGGCGGGUGCUGGUGUUCUCCUGUCGUCACGGAUUCCAGCUCCACGGGCCGGAGCAGAUCACCUGCACCCCGCGCGGCUGGGACUCCCAGCCCCCGGUCUGUCAAGACAUCAACGAGUGUGAAGACGAAGUGGACCCCCCCUGCCACGCAUCCGCGCGCUGCAAGAACACCAAGGGUGGUUUCCAGUGUGAGUGCAGCGACCCCCAUGUGCCCGGCGAGGACGGCAGGACCUGUGUGGACUCCGGGAGGCUCCCGCGGGCAUCUGUGGUCUCCCUGGUGCUGGGCGCCGUGCUCAUCUGUGGUCUGGCUGGCCUCACCUGGACGGUGGUUUGCAGGUGGACGCUCGCUGACCCCAAGUCCUCGCUGCCGCCCGUGGAGGGAGAGGGAGGAGGACCCCGAGACGUGAGCGCUCCGCCGCGGGACGCUUCCGCGGGGCUUGCAGAGCAGGGCCCGGCCUGUGGAUCCCAAGUCUUCCUCUGCAAGUAG